CGACUCGUGCUACCCCAAUAAGACCUCAAAACGUAAACAGGAAGAAACUUUCCCAUUGGGACCCAUUAUAAAAACUAGGACCAAUUUAGCCUCCAGGAUGAACCUCUCUCAAUUGUUGCGCUCUGAUCGUCACAGCACCACUUAGGAAAUUGCGUCCAUUUUGGUGACAAAAAGGAUCCAACAUUCAGUUCCUUCUUCGUAUGAAAAGAGCCAAAAUGGGUUCUGUCGGAUAUCGGUUUCGCACGUUCUAUGAACGAAGCGCAGUCAUUUCUGGCAAUCACGAAUAUGCUCGACAAACAGCCACUGAGCGAACUUAUUUUGUGACACAGAAUAAAAUAUUGAUUUUAGCCAUGAGACAUUUUAAACCAUUAGUGUCUAGUUAGAUCGCUACAUUUUUUUUAUUUUUUGUACGACUAUAUGAAGGUUUGUUUUAACCUACUACCUGAAGCAGACAACGGGUUGUACAAAAGCUUGAAACACAAAGAGAAGAGUGAAAAGUCUACUAUUGAGAACUCUAUAUCUGACAACAGAGAACACUGCUUUCUUGCCACUCUGAUGUCUGGGUGUUCUCUCAAGAAAAGUGUCCUGGAGGCUAAAGGGCACAAAAACAGUAUUUAAACAUCCAGAGACACAGAUAACUGGGAUUCCUUGACAGACACCCUGUGCAGUGACUAGACCCCUCCUACACACUCUUACCUCAGACUGAAGCCAUGUCAUCUGGUACAGAGACAGUGCACUAUAUCCAUCUGCACAACUCCAGCCAAUCAGUCCUGGAGGCCUUGCGCUCCCAGCGCCGCGAAGGCCUUUUCUGUGAUGUGACAGUGCGCAUCCAUGAUUCCUCACUGCGGGCUCAUGCCUGUGUUCUGGCAGCUGGUAGCCCUUUUUUUCAGGACAAACUGCUACUGGGCCACUCAGAGAUCUCUGUGCCACCUCUCGUACCUGCAGAAACGGUCAAGCAACUGGUAGACUUCAUGUAUAGUGGGUCAUUGGUGGUGCUCCAGUCCCAGGCUCUCUGCAUCUUGACUGCUGCCAGCAUCUUACAAAUAAAGACUGUCAUUGAUGAGUGCACCCAAAUAAUUUCUCAAAAGAGGGGGAGUGCUGUUACUGGCACCGGGGGUAUUCUGCCUAAACAGGAGGAGAGAGGGGGUAAAGGGAGGGAGAGGGGUGGUGGAGGGAGUGGCAGUUUCCAGACCUUCCCCAAUUUUGGAGUCAGUGACUGUAGUUCAGGUAACAUGAACACAAGUAUAAACAACAAUGUCAGUGGGAGUGAGAAUGACACGGGCAACCCGGAACAGUCAAGCCCAGUGGGAUUGAUCCCACUUGUAGGAAUGGGACCCAGUUCUGGGUGUGCAUCUGGUGGUUUGACUGGAUCAGUUUUAUUAAAACAAGGCACUGCUUGCACCCAAGAUGUGAGGUACAAGUUACGAGACCUGCUUGCGCAGACUGCUAAUGGUAGCACCAGUCAGCGGGACAGCGGGAGUGUCAGUGUUUGCUGUAACACAAGCGGUAACAGAGAGGAAACCAUUUGUGGGAACAUGACUGACCUAAGUGUUGUAAACUGUGAACCUGUCCCGGGAUUGGAAAGAUACAGUGAGGAGGAGAUGGACGGACGAGAGAGGGAGCGUGAAGGAGAUAGGGAACGAGGAGGAGGACACAGCAGAAAACAGAGACAGCCACUCAGGUUACAGGUUCUUGGGGGAGAGCAAGUUGUGGUGAAAGAUGAAGGGGGGGAGGAGACACAGGGAGGGGUUUUUGAAUUGGAGGAAAGAAGAGAGGGAGAGCAAGUGAACACGCAGGAAUCCAUGGAAACAUACAGUCAGGAGGGGGUGUUCUAUGAUGAGGGUGCGGCAUAUUCAGAAAGUUUUUGGUCACAGACAGCGACAGAGUCUGAGUACCCACCAUCCUCUGAGCCUGUGACAUUUAACACCAGAGGAAGAGUCAGCAAGCCAAUGUCUCCACAACCCUCUUCGCAAUCAAUCAACAACCAGCUGCUGUUUCAGUAUCCAGUCAGCCAGUCACAGUCAUCACCAUAUUUUGUCAGUGGAUCUAUGGUGAUUGACAGCAUGGGGGGAGCAGAGCCAAACCAACAGGUUCCACCUCCAGCACCAAUGACUCCUGCUCCUUCCACAAACUCUUCCUGUGCGGCAGGCCCUUCCCCUUCCUCCCAGGGAUCUGAGACAUCCUUUGACUGCACUCACUGUGGGAAGAGUCUACGAUCCAGAAAGAAUUACAGCAAGCACAUGUUCAUACACUCUGGUCAGAAGCCCCACCAGUGCAGCAUUUGUUGGCGCUCUUUUUCCCUGAGAGACUACCUCCUCAAGCACAUGGUGGUACACACAGGAGUGCGGGCUUUCCAGUGUUCUGUGUGUGGUAAACGUUUUACCCAAAAGAGCUCGCUCAAUGUUCACAUGCGCACCCAUCGUGCUGAGCGCACCUUCUCCUGUGCUGUGUGCCACCGAGCCUUCACCCACCGCACCUUGCUGGAGCGUCACGCCCUGCAGCAUACCAACAUCCUGUCCCCCAAGCCUGGCCCACCUUCUUCCGGAUCCACCACAAUGGGCACCGGCCUCACCACUGUGAACAUAUCCAGUAAUGGUGGCACUACUUAGAUUUUGAUGCGUUUGAUAAGGAAGAGCAGGAUGAGAUGUAUAUUUUUAAUUUCAUUCCGACGGAAUUCACAGGAGCACACACACAGCUUUUACCAGAAAUGCUAACUAAAAACACUAGAUGGUGCAGUGGUUUUACCUCUUCCAUUCAAUCUAGGAGGAAAAAUUGAACACAAAAUAAUUUCCUCCUGCCCUGAAAUGUGACUGAGGUAUCAUCCAAUACUGAAUUAUAAUGUAUAGGCUACAGCUACAUUGUACAGGUACAUUAUCAUUCAAAUGUCUCCUGUUCACUAAUGUCUCAUGUAAAUGACAUUGGGACGGGACAGGAGUGGAGGCCAGAGGGUGAGGACGGAAUAUACUGCAAUAAAUUAGAGGAGAGAUGAGGCUUUUUACCAAAAGAAUUUCAGGCAAAGAUUAGUACCAUUUGAUUUAUAUGCAUCACAAAAAAAUAUGUUUUAAGUGAAAUGCAUUUGCUGAAAGCCUCAAAGAACAGGAAAUUAAAUUGAUCAGCCCAGACAUUCAGCAAAUGCAAACAUUUCACAUAAAAUAGUUUUUGUGAUUCAUUUCCUUAGUUUUUACACUAGCAGGUUAAAUUAAUACUUGGUAGGUGCCUAUAAAAAUGCCUUGGCUGAGAACUUGGCUUACAUGAAAGAAUCUAUUCGGCCCACUUCCUAAUUAAACAAUCUCUUGUGAGCCAUUCUUCCAUUUCUUGUACGCGGAUGCCAUCGACGCAAAAAAUGACUAAAAUGGUUACUAUAUAUACAUUACAUUACAUUAUUGCGUUAUUGGCAUUUGGCAGACGCUCUUAUCCAUAAGGACGUACAACAAAGUGCAUACCCAUAACCAGGGAUAAGUGCGCUGAAAGACCCUAGAGGGAAGUACAAUUUCAAUUGCUACCCGUACAACAAAGAUAAGGACCAGGGCCAAUUUUUUUUUUUUUUUUUUUAACAACAAAUAAACAAACAACAAUAUAUACACAUGGUUAUGGCUGUGCCUGGUCUGCUUAGAAACACAAUUGUUACAACCAUAAUGCUAGACAAAUCUGCUACAGAAUUUAAUGACAAUAUCACUAAAAAAUAACAUGCAUUGUUUUUUCUAAGCUACAGUAUGUCUAGGUGGGUUUCCAAGAAGGCCACACAAAAGGUGACCAUGGUAACCAAAUAAUAUUAUGGGUCUUAAUAUAAUUGUAAGAAUGAUCAAUAUAUAGUAAAAUAUUAUGUAUUGUGUACUAAAUUAUCCUGGGAUAAGUGUUCUGAAAAAGUUCCCCCCCGCCUGUCACCCUACCCUUACCUCUCCUUGAUCUCCCCUCUGGCAGGAGCAGGUCCUGAAGAUUUUGCAAAAUAAUACAAUUAUUUAAAUAAUAAUAUCUAGUAUACUAAUAUAUUGAUCAAGGUCCAUUUAUUGAACCUCCAUCAAAAAGUAAAACACAUCCUGCAAUUUCUCCUGCCAUUUAUGAUUCAAAAACAAGCCUGCUCCUUGUAAGAGUACUGAAUAAUAAUAAUAUUUAGAUGCUCUCCGAUAUGAAAUGGGAUCACUUCAACUGUGGAGUCAAAAGCAUUUUCCCUGACCACCUCAGAUAUAUUCUUCCAAGGCCUCCAAAAGCAGAGUCUGAAUAAUGGUUUUUUCUGGGGGGUUUUUGAGUCUCAACGUGUGUCCUUGUGCAGCCAGAAAAAUCUGUGUUGUUUUAUGCAAGCUUAGUCAUCCUCAGUCCUCAGUCAUCACUUUAAUAGCAUACCCCUAGCCGGUUGUAUGCUGAGCAGAAGUUAUACUGUAGUUGUUUGUUUUAGAGGGAAUUGCCAAUAAUGAGUGACUGCUUUACCGGCACUGGUCAGAAAACCUCAUUGUUGGGCAUCCUUUUAUGUAUGAAAUGGCAAGUAUGAAAUAGCAAAAUUAACAACAAUGAUAUUUCCUCCAAAUAAAUUUUAAGUAAGCAAUGGGCAUUCUAUCAAUGUUUCUCCAAGUUAGCAUAUCUUUGGAAUUAAAAACAAUGAUGGAUUUAGUUAUCAAUUAUAAGAAUACCAACUUUGCCCUCCACUCCUUAUCUGUCCACACACUCCUUAUCCUUAUGUCCCACAUCUAUCCUUGCUGUGACAAGUUUACCAGCUUUACAAUAAUUCAUGUUAUCUUUAGAUUUUAAAAACUGUGAGGACCCCCCAGGCUUGUUUUGUUACUCCACAUGUUACAAACUAAGGAACCAUUGUCACGAAAGCAAUGGCAUUGUAAAAUAGUUCACACAGAUAGAAAGUUUUAAGCUUUCAAACUGUAUAUCCUGUGAUCAUAUUAAUUGACAAUUGCACAGUGAAAAUAAAUUAAUGAAUGCAAAAAAAUAAAAAACGCUCUCUGGCUAAAUAUGGUUCAGUACAGUGCGACUUAUGGGGUUAACAUCUCAACCUACUAAUAUAUUUGUCCACAUGUAAAUAGGACUACAAAUGUGUUUUAGGGCUGUUGUGUCACAAUGUUUAGUUUAAAAGAACGUACUGUAUUGCUUAUCAUUAUAAAGCAUGCAUUUACCUGACCGUGUACCUUUACAUUAUUUUUGUAAAAUAUAAAAUCAACAUUUUCAAUUGCAUUUGUUAUUUUUGUGAAAUGUGGUGUACUGUUCACUUGCAUCUAUUCUUUUUGUUACUUCCUCAUUUCCAUUAUGCUUUAUGUCACAUAACAUUCCUUGGUCUAAACAUUUUCAGAUCAGAUGCGACUUCUGUUUUCUGUUUUUCAAAAAUUCUGUUAUUCUUUUGUUAUUUCUUGACUGCUGUUUGUGCAGGGCUGCCUAAUGGUGGGCAUAUGCAGAUUGUCAAGAUACCACUACAUGCUUAGAUUUUUUCUUGAUUUUCACUUUCACUUUUUAGGACACUGGCAUUUAUUUUUUGUGAUUAAAGUACAAAAAUAUAUCA